AUGAUAGUUUUGUUCACAGGGCUGUUUUUACCCUCUCCAUGCCUCCCUCAGUACCACUUUGUGAACAUGGGCAAGAACUGGAAUGAAGCACAGAGAUACUGCAGAAAUAAGUACACUGACCUGGCCACCAUAGACAACAUGGAGGAUAUGAACAGACUGAUCAACACUGUAGACAGUGGUUAUAAUGGAUCAGCCUGGAUAGGGUUGUACAAUGGUGUUAACAGCUGGAGGUGGUCUCUAGAAGAUAUGGACUACUAUGGUGAGGGAGAGACUGAGUUUAGGAACUGGGACAGUUCAGAUGGUAAAUACACUGAUCAGCACUGUGUAGUGACAGGAGAGUAUGGGACGUGGUGGGAUCUCAUUUGCAACCAAAAUCACCACUCGGUCUGCUACAACGGAAUGACAACCAUCAUUUCUGAGAGGUUCAUCUUGUCAAAUGAAGCCAUGACAUGGGAUGAAGGGCAGAGCUACUGCAGACAUCACUACACAGACUUGGCCAGUGUGAGGAACCUGGCUGAGAGCAAGAAGAUAGGGAACAUGGUACCGAAGGGAAACUGGGCGUGGAUCGGCCUGUUCAGAGACUGGAGCUGGUCGGACCAGAGUAACUCUUCAUUCAGAUACUGGCGAUCAGGAGCACCCAAUAAUCGCUACGGGAACUGUGUGUCGAUGUUCGAUAAAUCAGGCAAAUGGGCAGACUACACAUGUGAGACGAAACUUCCCUUCUGUUGCUACGGUGCUCCCGCAGUGAAGAAGACUCAGCAGGUGGUGCGAGUGAAGCUGACCCCAAAAGACCAGAACAUGGACCUGAGUGAUUCUGCCAUUCAGGAGGCCACCUUGCAGCAGAUAAAGAAGGAAUUGACUGAGAAGGGGAUGUCUGAUGUCAAACUGAGAUGGAAGGAGCAGACCGAUGGAAAGAUCUUUCACAAGGAAGAAAAGGAGAAGAAGUAA